AAAUCCUGUGUGGUUCGGUUGAUGUGACCUUUAUCCAUUCAAAAGCUACCACACAGUAUAAAACAACCGCAGUGGCUGGCUAGUGAUUAACAAAGUGAUAGACUAUCAGUGGUAAAUAGACAGCUGAAAGCAUAUCAGUAAUCGUGAAGUAAUUUUAACUGUCCAAACUUUAAUACUGGACUUCCACGACGCUGCUGGACUGAAGAGGACGUGGGUAUCGCCAGCGGAAGCUGUGACUACUUAGUAAUAUAAACAUAAAGACGCCGUGAGCUAACAGUCAGCAGAUAGGCGAACGCCCAUGAGUUUUGGCUGGACAUUUACAGCUAGCGUUUUCCUUCUGUGGCCCAAUCAGCCAACCCACCGGCAGACCCCAACAAAGCAAAGGUAUGCAUUUGUCAGAGCAGCGCUGACAGACCUGACACUGGCUUAACACUACCAUGGAGUCCUCAUCUGAGUCCCAGCAGGAGUCUGAGAAAACUUUGCACCAUGCAGAGUUGAGAGAGCACCAUACCACCUCCGCUGCUGUAGUGUGCGGCAAUGACACCAUCCUUCUGACCCCAGGCAGGAUGAGCCAGCGCCAGGUGAAAGAGCGAGACAAGGAGAGGGAGAAGGAGGCUGGCCUCCAAACGCCCAGCAGGGAGCAUGUCGCCACCCCUUCAGCCCUCAGCCCGGGGGUCAGCUACAGCCACGGUUUUGAGAGAGGUAAGGAGGACCUCUUGCCUCUGCCUUUGAAAGAGGACUCGCAUUCCAUAUCUAAGAGCAAGUCUGAAACAAAGCUGUACAAUGGCUCAGACAAAGAUGUAUCAGUGUCUGGAGGAAAGCUCACCAAGAAAGAGUCACUCAAGGUGCAGAAGAAAAACUACAGGGAAGAAAAGAAGAGGGCAACCAAGGAGCUGCUCAGCACCAUCACUGAUCCCUCUGUCAUUGUCAUGGCUGACUGGCUAAAGAUCCGUGGCACUCUGAAGAGCUGGACCAAGCUGUGGUGUGUGCUGAAACCAGGUGUUCUGCUCAUCUAUAAAACCCACAAAAACGGGCAAUGGGUGGGAACAGUGUUGCUUAAUGCCUGCGAACUGAUCGAGAGGCCCUCCAAGAAAGACGGUUUUUGCUUCAAGCUCUUCCACCCACUGGAGCAGUCCAUCUGGGCUGUCAAGGGUCCUAAAGGAGAAGCAGUGGGCUCCAUCACACAGCCUCUACCCAGCAGCCACCUCAUCUUCCGGGCUGCUUCCGAGUCUGAUGGUCGAUGCUGGAUGGAUGCCUUGGAGCUUGCCCUGAAGUGCUCCAGCCUGCUGAAGAGAACCAUGAUCGGUGACGGGAAAGGGGACAUGAGUACAGUAACCACUGGUGGAGAGCACUCCAUUAAUUUCUACAGCCUCCUUCGAGCCCACAACAUGCAAGGGUUCCAGUUCAAUGACAGUGACCAUUUGAAAGAUCCAGACCUGUACUCAGACAAGUCAGACCGGGAGGGAGAGCAGGACCAUGAGGAGUCAGACCCAGAAGGCCUGGAGAAGAGUGAGGAGAGUGACAGUGACACGUCGGAACGUCAAGACAACUCAUACAUUGACCUCGAUCCCAAUGAACAUCUAUGGGAAACCCUGUACCUGGAACAGUCCCAUGAGGAACUGGGAGAGGCUGGUGAGGCUGCCCAGACAGAGACUGUAUCAGAAGAAAAUAAAUCUCUCAUCUGGACUCUGCUGAAGCAGGUCCGACCUGGUAUGGACCUGUCCAAGGUGGUGCUGCCCACCUUUAUCUUGGAACCACGGUCCUUCCUGGACAAACUCUCAGACUACUACUACCACGCCGACUUUCUCUCAGAGGCUGCAAUCGAAGAGAACGCCUACAGUCGAAUGAAGAAGGUGGUGAAGUGGUACAUCUCUGGAUUUUACAAAAAGCCAAAGGGGUUGAAGAAGCCUUACAAUCCCAUCAUUGGAGAGACGUUCCGCUGCUUGUGGCUCCACCAGAAAGCCAACAGCAAGACCUUCUACAUCGCAGAACAGGUAUCCCAUCAUCCUCCAGUGUCAGCCUUCUAUGUUAGCAACAGGAAGGAUGGAUUCUGCCUCAGUGGCAGCAUCCUCGCAAAGUCCAAGUUCUAUGGAAACUCUCUGUCGGCCAUAUUGGAUGGGGAGGCUCGACUCACUUUUCUCAACCGUGGAGAGGAUUAUGUGAUGAACAUGCCCUAUGCCCACUGUAAAGGCAUCUUGUAUGGCACCAUGACCCUGGAGCUGGGUGGUCAAAUCACCAUCGCAUGUGAGAAAACGGGGUACAAUGCUCACCUGGAGUUCAAACUGAAGCCCUUCCUGGGGAGCAGCGACAGCGUCAAUGAAAUCUCUGGAAAGAUCAAGCUGGGAAAGGAGGUGCUAGCUACACUAGAAGGACACUGGGACAGUGAGAUCUUCAUCAACGACAAGAAGACGGGGACAGUGGACACUUUCUGGAACCCGACACCAGAGCUGAGACAGAGUCGCCUGAUCCGCUGCACCGUCCCACUAGAGGAGCAGGGAGAUUACGAAUCAGAAAGACUGUGGCAGCACGUGACCCGGGCCAUCAUUAACAAGGAUCAGACCGAGGCCACAAAUGAGAAGUUCUUCCUGGAGGAAGUUCAGAGGAAGUCAGCCCGCGAGCGGAAAGCCAAAUGCGAGGAGUGGAUCCCCUCCCUAUUCGAGCAGGACCCCAUCACUGGAGAAUGGCAUUAUAAAUAUGCUGACACAAGGCCGUGGGAUCCACUCAAUGACCUGAUUCAGUUUGAGAAAGACGGCUGUAUCCAGACCAAAGUCCGGCACCGCACCCCUAUGGUACGUUCUGGCAGUCUUAUUAGUCUGAGUAACCAGGGGCCGCGGCGGGACAAUUGCAAGUGCCAGGUAAUGGUGCCAAAGAGGAAACACAAGACUGACAAGCCCAACAGCCCAGAGAGUGGCUGCUCUUCACCUGAACCCGACCACCAAGACUCAUCUGGCAGUGAACGACAGAAAAGCAAGCAUAACAGUCGGCUGAGGAAAAAAGGAGCAGACCUCAGUGAACUUCAAAGUGCCAUUGACUCUAUAAAGCAGACGCAGGAGGACAUCAACAGGAGCAUCAGUGUGCUGCGGAGCCGCGCAGCAAGUCGGCCCGAGGGCAGCACCUUCCUCCAACAGCGUGACUACGUCAUCAUCAUCUUCCUCGUCCUCCUUCAAGUCCUGAUCAACUAUGUCUUCAAGUAGCAGCCAUAUCCCACAGAGAGAGUGGUGCCCUUAUACACACACACACACACAGUCUCACAUGCUUUCAGUCACACUGGGAGACUUAGAGCCAGGAACUUUGAAGUUCCAUAAUACAAGUAUUUCCUUCAACUCUCUUCUUCAUUGACUUUAUUAAAACCAACUUGUCAAGAAAAGUAGAGACUUAAAUGCAAGAAGAGUCUUUUAAAAAAAGGUUUAUUUAUUUUUAACCAGUCCAUUUCAAAACGCUGUAGAGGUCUGUAAAUUUCAAAGCAGAGAGGAGCAGCUAUAGGAGAAGUUGUAAGAUUAUGGUGUGAUGAAAUCUCGGCUGCCACUCUGGAGCUUAUUUGAUUUGCCUUGAUGUAAGAAGCAAAGACAGCAGGUGUUUUUUAGCUGUUUGUUUUUAUUUUAUUUUUUCUGAUGGAGUGAAACUACUCUGUUUACCACAUUUCACCUCAAAUAACAGGGAACCUUGUAACAUGGAGACAUGUACCAUGACUCAGAUGGUAACAGAUACAAGAAAACCUUUUUAAUGUUUUGUUUGUUUCUUUGUUCAGUGCAUCCUGUGUGAAUAGAGGUCUGCUUAGAACCGAAAGGGUUGAUAAAGAAGACAAAGUUGUCCCGAUCUGUGACUUUUACUGUUUUAUUGUCAGAUAUUUUCAUAACUGCUGGCGUUCCACAAGGAAAACAAAUAACAUCAUGUUGUCAAAAGGAAAAGAAGCUAUAAUUUCUGCUGUAUAAUAAAACAUCCUUUGCUUAGAAAGUUGAUAUUUUAGAAAAAGGUCAGAGGUUUGACACAUCCUUGUGUACUGUAGGUAGCAUGUACAGACAGGGUUAGUACUUUAUGUACAGAAUUUCGUUCUAAGGCACAAAUGCAAUGGAAGUCUGUUAUUUAUAGUCAUCAUUUUUGAGUGGGCAACUAAACACUUUUACAUUUCUGCUCUGGGUAGGUUUGGAGCAUCAGCAGAGGGCCAAAGAUGAUGAUUUUUAUGAUUUUUCUUUUUUUUCUCUUUUGUGAGCUUCAGGGGCCACCCCCGUAGUUUCAGGUGAAGGGAGUUUGUGUGAUAUGUUUCUGAUGUGUUAAUCAAAGUGUUCUUAGUGAGAAGCUGACUUAGCGAGACAAAACAUGGGUCCACCAAGGCUUGACGCAGUCUAAAAACUGCCUUGAUAGACCUAAAGGGAUGGAAUAGGAAAUUACUUGCUUCCUUGCCGAGAGAUAGAUAAAAGGAUGGACGCCACGCUCGUGCCUGUCUGUUCAAUACAGCCUGAAAACAGCCAGCAGGAUUUUAUCCAGAGGUAACAAAGUCCACCUAGCAGCACCUCUGCAGCUCACUAAUUAAUGCCCUUCACAGUGUCUCAUCGGUCUACUCACAUUGAUACUGUAAAAAUGACAUGCACUGGUUUACAGGGGCUUGAUGCUAAGGCCGUUUUUUGUCAUCAUUUGGAAGUUGCCAGGCAACCAGGACGUUAAUUCACCCAGCUAAAAAUGAAUCCGGAACAUACCCCACCAGGAAAACCACUACAUGUAGGGAUUAAACAAACAAGAUAUACCGUGUUAGUCAGUGAGCCUGAGGGGUGCUGGUAGGUGGGUUUCAUUAUCACUGGACAGUUAGGUGACCUGUGUAGCGUCUUUGUUAAGCUGCUGUCUUGAGCUUCGUAUUUACUGUAAAUCACUUUACUUAAAGUGAGAAGUAAGUGAAUGUGUAUUUCCCAAAGUAAACUCUAUAAUGUUUUCUUCAAAAUGAGUUACUGUAUUUAAAUUGCAGCGUUAAGUUGUACAGACAAAACAGAAAGUGGUGUAUGGACUAACUGAUCUGAAAGAUGCUCUCUAAAUGUAAAAAAAAACAAAAAAAAAAAAACACCAAGCCAUGGAAGCAUGGAAGAGAAAACCUUUAAUGGUCCAAGUAGCUGCUUAACUGCAGCUACAACCUUCAAAUCAUUGCUUCUAGUGCUUUUGUAACUCAGAUGUUAAACAGGAAAACUAGAGAUAGACACUUUAGACUCGUGAGUUACUACUAUCACCAUAGUAAACCAUUCCAAAUGUACCAAGUACCAGCCAAUCUCAGUGUGUAGAGUAGGAGUCUGCCCCAUUCACUGUGUAAAUAUCCAAAGGGAUGACUCUUUUCCACACCCAGGUUCACAGUACAGACACUCCCACGGUCUGUACACAAGCCAGUCUUUCCAACCUUGUGUGUCGUUCUUUCCACUGCUCUGUAGAUGCACAUGGACUUGGAAGAAAAUGAACGAGUUGGGUAUUCAAUUAGAUUCUCAUUAAAGAUGUACUCAGUGUUGCUGUUAUUAGGUCGUAGUUACUUGCAGCUCAUUUGGUUGCAUAGGUUCCAGUCUGUUGCCUUCUUCUUCGCAGACAUGGACUUUGAAAAUGUACUGUCUCAGAAAUAGCAUGCUAAAUAACAAAGUCAAGAACUAAAUGGGAAACAAUACCCUUAAACUGUGCAGGCUUUUGAGGUCUAUGACUUAUGACGAUGUAUUUGACUUUUGUAUCAAGGAUGAAGGCAGCACAUCAGAACCCAUACCAGGUGUUUUUGCUACAAGAUUUUCUUCGAAGAAGUAACUACUAAUUGAGGCCAUUCAAAAAGAUUCAACCCACCUAUGGACCAUAUCUAAACAGUAAUUUUGUGCAUCACUCAGCCUGUUAUGAUGUUAGCCUUGUUGAUGUUUACAUAUCCAGUUGCCUCUACCAUCAGCAGACUGUUAAGUGAUGAAAACCUUGUAAUGUUAAUGCAGGUAUAAAGAAAAACUGGUAGCAUCUUUGGGAUCCAGCUGUACCCUGUAAAUGACCUGGCUGGCCCGUGUGUAUCGGUUUAUUUUUUUGUGCAUCCUCAUUGCUUCAAUUGCUUAUGUUCAAUAAAGAAUCCAGGUGUUAGAAUGUGAAGAAAUAAGUAUUUACCAGUGCCUUCUAGAGUCAGACUGAGGAAAGGGGUACAUAGGGGAUUUAGCAGAGGCUGAUAGGAGGAUGGCAGAGAUCUAGGGGUGUGUGGUGUGGUGUGGCACAUACAGAUAGAGCUGGAGUCCAAAUCUUAGGGUGAGAUAAUAAUGAAGGGAAUGAUCUAUAAGAAAAGGGGUAGAGUGGGUGAGAGGUCCUGGACUUGGACCAAGACUCAGAGACUGUAGGACUGUAGUGUUUGAGAGCAACGUGCCAUACCAAGCCUUAGAAACCAGUAUAACUCUGGUUCCACAGCUUGACACCCCACCCAGCUCCUGCCUGCUCUCCUGAAGCAUCGCCAUAGCAACACACCCGUAGGUUUCCGGAUGCUGAUUCCUGCCACUUGACAGAGAGGGAGGGAGGGAGACCUCUCCUCUCCGUUAUCAUCCUUGUGUCUCUCUCGCUCUCUCGCACACCAAAUUCUGAGGGAAAUAAACAUCUCUUUUGUUUUUAUUGUAUCUGUAAAAUGAUACAUUUUAUUUAUUCCUCUUUUAUACAUGUAAAAAAUUUCCUGCUUGUAGUAUUAUACCACUGUUCUUUUUUGUUCUUUCAAUGUUUUUCAAAGAAUUAGUCAAAAAUGUUUUUAAAAUCAUGUUCCGCUCCUUGUUACUUGACAUCACACACAAUCGACUCUCCUCAGCUUGUGCACACUGUUAGUGCCAGCCCCAUCCGUGCCCCCACCCCACUCCUCCACACCUACUCUUUUUUCCUAUCCGAGUACCUUAAUACAGUAUAUUUAUUGUAUCUUUGUGGCAACUGUAACUUCCUGGAAGUUAAUGGUCACAUGUAACAUACCACAGAAUAAACUCAAAUGACAUCC